AUGCGCAAUUUACUCGCUUCACGAUCGCGUGCUCGGUUGUUGGAGCGUGGAGCUAGAGAGGAGGAUACCUCCAGUGCUAAUAAAGUGGCCUUUAAGAGUAUUGAUGUCAACAGGCAUUUAGUGAAGGUUCUGUCAGUGCCCGACUUGACGGUUUCUGUAUCGUGGCCGAGUCACCUGUCGGGUCUCAGCAAGACGGAGCGUGGCCUCAUCGACUGGUUGCAGCUACAUCAUGGGUUAUGUUGUGGUAAAAGUGUCCUCUUCUCGGGGCCGUUCAGAUUGGCUCCCUUUGUGCUGUUUGAAUUGGCGGUAGGACGUCUACGGAAGGUCCAUGUCCUUACUACUACCGUCGAGGAUGCUAUUGCUCUGGAGAGUAUCUGUGGCCAUUUUCGUGGCGCGGUGAAG